AUGGCUCCUUCAUUGAUCAACAUUCAACGCGACAUUAUUUUGGAUGCUAUCCGCCAUGCAGGUGGAAAUGACUGGAAAGUUUUGGUGGUGGAUGAGCACAGUCGGAAAUUGCUGGACAAUUCAGUGAACGAAGACGAUAUUCUAAAUCACAAUGUGACAAAUAUCGAACAGAUCGAGCAUCGCCGGCAGGCCAACAAGGAGAUGGAUGCGCUGUAUAUUCUGUCGCCUCUACCUCACAUAAUUGACUGUCUCAUGGCAGACCUGGAGAAGCAGCGUUACGGGAGAUUUUUUGUCGUCUGGACAGCAAUCUUGGACCAACAGCAACGUGCGAGGCUGGACCGUUCGCAAAUGGCUCGCGAUUUGAUUGGAUCGAUGCGAACUUUGAACAUCGAUUUCUACCCUAGAGAAUCCCAGCUCGUCACAUUCCGGGAUCCCUGGAGCUUUCCCAUACUAUUUCACCCGGGCUGCAACAAUCUGAUCCGGGAACAUUUGGAAGGAUUGGCUCGAAAGAUCGUUUCCCUUUGCGUUGUCUUGGGCGAGUACCCUGUAAUUCGGUACUAUCGACCUCGGGCGCCGACCCACGAGGCUGGGGUAUUGUGUUCGCACCUGGCUCGCUUUGUCCAAGACGAGUUGGAUAGAUAUGCUCAUUCCAACAGAGAAUUUCCGCCGCAGACGCCGCGACCAAGAGGCGUUCUGCUCAUCGUUGACCGAUCCAUGGACUUGUUUUCGCCGUUGCUCCAUGAGUUCACCUACCAGGCUAUGGCACACGACUUGCUACCCAUCAAGGAUGGCGACAAAGUUACAUAUAAAACAGUACUCAACGAGGGUUCGGAAAAUGAGGAAGUCAAGGAUAUGGAUAUUGGCGAUCAUGACCGCAUCUGGGUCGACUAUAGACAUCUUCAUAUGAAGGAUGUUCUCGAAAGAUUAGCCGAAGACUUUGCGAAAUUUCGAGCAGCAAACCCCCAGUUUGCCGAGGAGGAGUCCAACGUCAGUGUUAAUACUAUCAAAGACAUGUUGGCAGGCCUGUCGGAUUUCCAAGCCGGCAAAAAUGCUUACACUCUGCACUUGAACAUGGCACAGGAGUGUAUGAAGCUCUUCCAAGAGCGCAACAUGCUAGAAACUAGUUCUGUUGAACAGUCUCUAGCUACAGGUUUAGAUGAGGAUUACAAGAAACCAAAAAACCUUGCAAUUCAGCUUGUCCGUCUUUUGGAUGACGAAUCCAUUAUCCCUCCGGAUCGAUUGCGGCUAAUUCUUAUUUAUUUGAUGUACCGAGACGGUCUCCUAGCGGGAGAUAUUCGAAAAUUACUGGCUCAUGCCAAGCUCCCCCCUCAGGAUGGCGAAGUUGUUCACAACUUGGAUCUACUCGGCGCCAGAAUUGAGAAGCCACUCAAAGAUAAUAAACCAGCAAAUCAUCCACUAUUUCCAUGCAAGCCUCCCACAGCUUCACAGCAAGAGGAGGUAAGCCUCUCGCGAUUUGAGCCAAACGUCAAGGCCAUGCUUGAAGAUCAAGUCAGAGGCACUUUGGAUUCGACAGUCUUUCCAUUUACCCGGCCUCAAACAGACCCAGAGGGUGCCAUGCAGGAUCAAAUAGCACAAUCUUCUCUAAGAAGCGCGAAGCCAACUUGGGCCCGCACUAGAUCUUCCGCAGAUCAACCUCGUCAACGAAUCUUAGUUUUUAUGGCUGGCGGCGCCACUUAUGCGGAAGCACGAGCCUGCUAUGAAAUGUCCCAGGCAUCUUCCAAAGACGUGUACCUGGCAUCUUCCCAUAUGCUGAAUCCAGCUUUCUUUCUUCGCCAACUAGGCGAUCUAAGCACAGACAGAAGACGAUUGGACAUACCGGCAGAAAGGCCUCGACAGACAGCGCCUGCCCACCUUUUUGAAAAAGAUCCUCCGCCACCCGUGACCAGAAAGCCACACCAACCCGUGCAGUCCCCUCAGCAGCAGGCCGCACAAAUUGCCUUUGCCACCAUGUCUCUCAACAACAAACCGUCGCCACAGGGAUCGUCCAACGGAACGCCAAUUCCAGGAAAGCCUCUUAAGAAGGAAAAGGAGAAAAAGAGGCAUCAUUUUUUCAGGUGA